AUGGCCGAAACAAGAAAAGGAAAACCUCGAAUUACCAAAAUCAAGGGAGAAAGCAACAGGAUAACGAAAUACAAAACUGCAAAAUCCAAACUUUCAAGGUUUAGACAAUUCCAGGAACGACAAUCCAAAUCCAAGAAAAUCGAACGUGAAGAUGAGCGGCGUCGUCAAGAGGCCGCAUCCAAAGAUAUGAAAGUAACUCAAGCAUCGCUUAACGACACAAGCACAUACAUCUCUGAGAAUGUCUGCGUCCAGCCUCCUGUGCCUACACCGUCGACACCCAAAAACGUUGAGCCCGAGAGGGAAAGUCCCGAGCCUCCCUUACAAUACAUCCAGCCUAAUGAGAUAUUGCCGUAUCUCGCGAAAAACAAGGGAUUCCGUAUUGACCCAAGGACGGGAUUUGGCCCUUUCUUUCCCCGUCCUUUUACUUCCGACGUUGAACCCUUGCCAUGCCAGCCUGGCCUUGAUAUAUAUAUAUAUAUUAUAGAAACUAUUUACUGGAAAUUGCCAAUGUGCGUUUUCAGGGGAAACUAUAAGCUAUCCAAGCAUUUUACCAACACAUAA